GCAAUGAGGUAGGUCAAGUUGUAGAUCUGCCUGUGUGGGUCGCCAACAUGGUUCUCGAGAUGGGGAUUGUUGGAGUUUUGGAUGAGAAUCUCGUAUGGUGCUGCGACGAUGUGGAGACGGGGAUGGUUGAGCUGUUGCAGGUGGCGGAUAAUUGUGUAUCCCCUAAAUCGGGAAAGUGUCCUCAGAUGUCUGAGGUACGUAGGAAGAUCGAGGAGCUGUGUAGCCCUGGGGGACAGCGAGCUGGGGACUCACAGCCCGACGAGGUCAGCCACGGGACCAAGGAUACAUCUUCUUCGCUUAUUCCUGGUGCACAGGUAGACAAGGAGUCGCAGCUCGACCAGUUCAGCGAACUGAACACUGAUAUGUAUACUCGGGAAUCACCAGAUGGGGUUCUGGAAAUUUCUGAAAGAGUUCAUGGUAAGUGUUUUAAAUGUUCAAUAUUGGUCUGUUGAUAAUUUGACAGUGCAACAUUGGCAGGGUACCUUACUGUACCUACUUUCUUUUGCUUUAGUGUUCUAGAUUCACUGAGAUGGUAUUAAUGGCCUCUACUUUUGUAUUCUAUGAUUUAACAAGAAGCCUCAUUGGUUUGACAGGAAAUAGUUUUGGUUACUGAUAUGCUUCUGCUAAAGCAUUAGUUUUUCUUUUUCUUUUUGUUUUUUGUUUGGGUGUGAACUCGGGCUCUAGGGCCACAAAAAUCAAGGAUGGAUCUCAUAGUCUAGCAUAAGAAGCAACCUGUUUCCUGCGGAAGCAGAGUAAUAUCCAACAGGAGGUCUACUGAGUUGAACUUAUUGCCUCCUAUCAACAAAUGCUUAUUAGCAAGCCACCUUGCAUAAGCAUUACCUACCUAAUAAACUCAUUUAUUAAUUAGCAAAUGACUUUGAGCAAUUAUUGGCCAUGACCUUUUACUGCACAGCUUCAUUAUUACAUGAUUGGAGCCUCUUCAGGGUAUUAGUUUGCAUUCUUUUUGCCAAGUUUCUUAGUAACUAUUGUUAAGUUAACAAACAUGUGAGAUACUUUUUAUAGCAAGGGGAAUGCUGCAAUGGGAUUUGAUAACCUUCUGUGUCUGAACAGCAUAAUCCUGCUAAUGCUACCUGCAAUCAAAUUUCUGUAAAAUCAGUUAUAGGUGAAUAUCAUAAUGCUUGUUUUGCUGCUAUGACCAAGAUUCUCUUAUGGCCUAUCUAGCAUAAUGUUUUCUUGAAAAGCAGGUGAGAACGUUCAAUUCCAAGAGUGCAAAGGAGGAUUAGCAGCUGUAACAGCGACCAACUUGGAGAUAACUUCUGGUGGGGAUUUUGCA